GCAGCUGUCAAAAGGGAGAAUAAAUAUGCUUGCCGUGUUACGGGGUGUACGAAUACCUCUCUGACACGUGUCUCUUUCAUGGAACAUCUACGUUCUCAUACAGAAGGGAACCCAAAUCAGUGCGGUUGGCCUGAAUGCGGAAAGAUAUUUGCGAAUGAAGAUCAUCGUGAACUACACGAAUCGUUUCAUUUCAUCAGGACUCGACUAAAUUAUUGCGAAGGGUGUAAAAGGAACUUUCGUAAGAAGGACGCAUUAAACCGGCAUUUACGAUCCGAGGGCGGUGCCAAAUGCAGGACAAUUUUGGAAAAGACGGCAUCAUCGUCUGGAACUGAAGGUGCAAAUGACGGUUCCGCAGCAGCUGGCGCCUCCGGAACUUCAAACGGCCAGACUGGCGAUACAACGUUAGAUGCGACGACGAAGCCUGACCCGAAUAAACAUUGGACUGCGAUGAAGGGCUGGUCGCCGAUGUUCCCUGAGAACCCAACUACCAUGACCCCACAACUCCGAUCUCAGCCUCCACCACUACGUCCAUCCCGCUCAUCGUUACGGCCAUGCGCUCAUGCCAACUAUAUCACCGCUGACGUUCCCUUCCCACCACCCAUGUCGUCAUCUAUAGGUCAAUUGCUUUAGAUAUUUACUAGCAACCCAGAAUGUAACGUUCGAAGUUGUAUCCCCUAACCAUUGAUCCUUUGAAUGAAUGAAUCAUGCUCUAGUGU